AUGAUUGGCAAUGUUGAAUCUGGAGCCUUACCUCAUGGAACAUUGCCGUUGACAAUUAGUUCUGGAGAAGAAUCAUCGAUAUAUGAUGAAGACAUACAUAUGCUUCAAAGAAAUCUGUAUUUUGAUGUGGAAUGGACUUGUGUUUUUCCUGAAGACUCGAUGAUUGACAAUGUGAAAUCUAGCACCAUGCCUGUUGGAACAUUGCCAUUGACAAUCAGUUCACGAGCAAAACCAUGGACAUAUGGCGGAGACACACAGAUUCUUCAAAGUCAACAGUGUUCUGACAUGGAGAAAUUGAUACUAAUUUUCCAAAUGACUUGGUGGUUGAGAAUGUAG